AGAUGGAGAACAACAGCAGGGAGCUCCAGGCCAGGAAAUACUUGGAAGAACAUCGGAUUAUGGAGUUGCUGCACUAUCUCACCAGUAGCCUGCUCUUUUUCCAGCCAACUAAACCAAGAGAGUAUUUAAUAUCUCUAUUGGAACGACUGAGAAUUGCUAAAGAAACAGGUGUGUCCUUUCCUGUCUUUAUGGAUCACAGUAACAUUGUGGCUAUGUUUGAGAUGAUGGACUCUGCACACAGAGGCACCAUAUCAUUUUUGCAGUACAAAGGAGCCCUAGAGACCCUGGGUCUGUUAACUGAAGAUGAAGAUUUAAAAGAUGAUGGAGAUGGAAUAACUUUGCAGAAAUUCAAGGAUGAAGUGGACAAAAGGGCUCAGAAAAUAUGGUCAGCAUUUUAAUAACACUGUAAGUCAAAGGUAAUAAAUGAUUCUAUAAAGUU